AUGCUGGCCAUCAUCACCAAGAUGACCCUCACGCAGGUCUCCACCUGGUUCGCCAACGCGCGCCGGCGCCUCAAGAAGGAGAACAAGAUGACGUGGGCCCCGAGGAACAAAAGCGAGGACGAGGACGAGGACGAGGGGGACGCCGCCCGGGGCAAGGGCAGCCCGGGCAAAGCGCAGGAGGGCGCGGAGACCUCGGCCGAGGACGAAGGCAUCAGCCUCCACGUGGACUCGCUCACGGACCACUCGUGCUCGGCCGCCGAGUCGGACGGGGAGAAGCUGUCGUGCCGCGCCGGGGACCCGUUGUGCGAGUCCGGCUCCGAGUGCAAGGACAAGUUCGACGACCUGGAGGACGACGAGGACGAUGACGAGGACUGCGAGCGGGACCUGGCGCCGCCCAAGCCCGCCACCGCCUCCCCGCUCACCGGCCUGGAG